CAAGAAAAGCCAAUUAAACACACGAUGAAUGCGUUUCGCUGUCUACGGGUCCCGGCGACCGCGCUGCUCAGACCGUCGCUCGCAGCUCCACAGCGAUCCUCCCUCCUCCAACACUCCCGCUCCAUCUCGCUCCUCAGUCCGCGCCGCCCCAUGCUCGCCCAUCCCUCCCCCCUCGCCGCCCCCGGCACGCCAUGCGCCCCCGCGCCCUCCUCCGAAACGCUCGACUUGAUGGGCAAGAUAUCCGCGCACCCGGGGCUGGGGAGCAUGCAGAUCCGCUGCGGACCGCGAGAUACGUAUAAUCCGAGUCAUAUUGUGAGGAAGAGGAGACAUGGGUUUUUGACGAGGCUGCGGACGAAGAAGGGGAGGAAACUUUUGAUGCGGAGGCUGAAUAAGGGGAGGUGGAAUUUGAGCCAUUAGGGGGUGGAAGGAGGUGUGGUAUGGUUUGGAUGGGAGGGUGAAGGACGGGGAUUGUGCAGAGGAGGGAGAUACUGGGCGAGAGCAUUGUGUGUUUAUUGUACAUUGCACGCAUAGCCUGAAUAUGUGAUGGUAUGGUUAGUUGACUCGACUCAAUACACUCCGCCAAUUUCAAUGGUAGAGCAUACAAA